AUGAAUCCCGCCGCGCCGCUCGCCUCGCUGGCGCCAGUUCCCAUGUCCUCGCCGUCCUAUCCUCCGACCUCGGAGCCUCCGCCGAUGCGGAUCCCCGACCGUCCCGCAAGCACGGGAACGCAGUGGACAUCCACGGUGCAGGCGGCGGGUCCGAUUGACAUUCGCAACGUCCGAGCCAGCUGUCUCUUCGGCCUCCGCGAAUACGUCACCCUCCAGCGCAAGCGGCAGCACGUCGACGGCAGCACGUCGGCCAUGGAGCUCGAGUCCCGCAUCAGGGGUCAGGCCAACCUUGUCGCGGGGGACCUGAGGACGCUGCAGUCCGAGAUUCGCGGCCUGGCCAAGGCAGCCGAGGACCAGCGCUGGCGACGAUGGCUUCUCGGGGGCGUCAUUGCCGCCUUUAUUCCUGCUGUGCGCAGCAUCUUCCGCCGCGGCUUCGACGAGCAGUCGCACGCAUCGGCCAACGACACCGAGUACGCGUUCCACAGAUCAAAGGGCCUGAUGGCACGCAUCCGAGACGGCAUCCUGGGCAGCGGGAAGCUGGCCAAGGUGGCCUUUUUCGUCUUCGCCGUGCUCUACGUCUUCCAGAACGAGGUGACGCUGAGGGCGGCGCGGACGACGCAGAGGAGGCUCAGGAGGCUGUGCGAGCGCAUCGAGCGCGGCGACGCAGACAUGGACGACAAAGAUAUCGCCGUGCUCGAGGGAUGGCGAUGGAGGAUUCUUUUCUGGUAG